AAGAAGAACAUAACCGGUUUAUUCUACUUAUUAAACAAAUUGAAGUAGAAUAUGGUAAAAAAUAUAUUACACCAAAUCUUUAUCUAGCACUUCAUAUUAAUCAAUGUUGCCUUGACUAUGGGUCACUUUAUGCAUUUUGGUGCUUCUCAUUUGAGAGAAUGAAUAGCUACCUUAGUUUACUUCCAAAUAGUCAUCGGCAAAUUGAACCAGAAUUAAUGCACUGGCUUAUGCAAGACUCUAUAGUUAAUGACCUAAUUAAUCAAUCAGGUACUGUGAGAUGGCUUGAUUUGCUUUCAGUAAGAAAAACAGUUGGAAGCUUAGCAGCAUCAGACCAGUUUGAAACUGAUGAGUUACAAAGGUUUCUUCAAAUGUCAAGAAGCAUUGAAACAAGUUCAGUUAAUGGUGUUGAAGAUUUUUCUGGAGAAUUUUUGAUUCAAUCAAAAAUUCAUAUAAUGAUGUCUGAUAAUAUAUUAAAUAUAUUGUUGGAAUUUUAUUCGGCAUCUUAUCCUCAACAUUCAUUCCAGAUACCAUUCGGUAGUAUUAGGAUGAAAGUUCAAUAUUAA